GGAAGACUUUUAUUCUGAAGGUGAGACAACAGGAACCGUAGCCGCUGUCUGUAGUUCGGCUAACAGAGCUAACAGAGCUAACAGCUGCUCUCUUUAGGUGGGUGAACCGCGGAGGAUGGCGGAGGACGGGAGGCGCGGAGAGGAGGACGAGCGCGGCCCCGGAGCGGCUCACCAGGUGUUCGUGGUGAUGGAGUGUCUGCUGGAGAAACUGAAGGUGUUGAACUAUGAGGAGGAGGUGCUGUCCAAACACAACAUGAAGAACCUGUGCAGACAUUACUUUGUGUCCAGUCCGUAUCUGGCGUUCAACCCGGGCGAGCAGUUCUACAUGUUCACCAUCAUCGCGGCGUGGCUCAUCAACGCGGCGGGGAGGCCGUUCACGGAGCCUCAGGAGUACGACGAACCCAACGCCACCGUGUCCAACGUCCUGGCCGAGCUCCGGGCCUUCGGUGUUAAAGUCGACUUCCCGCCCUCCAAACUGAAGUCCGGUUCGGGCGAACACGUCUGCUUCGUGUUGGACCGACUGGCUGAGGAGGCUCUGAAGAGGAGGGGCUUCUCCUUCAGACGACCAAAUUAUCCAACAGAAAGCGCAGAAGAAGAGUCGGUGAUAGAGGACGACGCAGAGCUCACCCUCAGCAAAGUAGAGGAGGAGAUGAUCGAGGAGCCUGAUGAUGAGGAGGAGAACGUGAUGGACCUGGAGGCUCUGAAGUUACGAACCACUCACACUGAAGCAGAACCGUCCUCCAAACCAGACGAGAUUCUGGAGUCAACGGUUGAUGCAGCCGAGUGGAACCUGGAGGUGGAGAGAGUCCUGCCACAACUCAAAGUCACCAUCAGGACAGACAACAAGGACUGGAGGAUCCACGUGGACCAGAUGCAUCAACACAGAGACGGCAUCAAGUCCUCGCUCAAAGAGGCCAAGAGCUACCUGGACAAACUGCAGGAGGACAUCAAUAAGACUCUUGAGAAGGUGAACAGCAGAGAGAAAUACAUCAACAACCAGCUGGAGCAUCUGAUCCAGGAGUACCGCAGCGCCCAGGCCAAACUCAGCGAGGCAAAGGAGCGCUACCAGCAGGCCAGCGGAGGAGUGACUGAGAGGACCAGAGUCUUGGCAGUGAUCAGUGAGGAGCUGGAGAAGGUGAAGCAGGAGAUGGAGGAGAAAGGCAGCAGUAUGUCUGAUGGAGCUCCGGUGGUGAAGAUCAAGCAGAGUUUGACCAAGUUAAAGCAGGAGAUCGUUCAGAUGGACGUGAGGAUCGGUGUAGUCGAGCACACGCUGCUGCAGGCCAAACUCAAAGAGAAGUCCAACAUGACGCGGGACAUGCAUGCCACCAAUAUCCCUGAGACUGCCGCCGGGCCCUUUGCUUAGGUUUUACCACCACGCCGGAGCAGUUCAUCGAUUUGACUCUUGUCCUUUAUUUUGUAUUAAUAAUAUUUGCUAUCAUUUUGUGUAUAUGUAUAUGAAAUAAAUGUUGUACAAAAUGUCACUGUUGGCAGAAGAGGCA